AUGGCACCUGGCACGAGUAAGACUAAAGUCAAAACAGGGUGUCGCACAUGCAAGAUCAGGAAAGUCAAGUGUGAUGAGAGCUUCCCUUCUUGUAAAAGAUGUCUCUCUACAGGUCGCAUCUGCGAAGGGUAUGGGAUAUGGGGAGGAGGGACCCGUUCUAACCCCACUUCUUCUAUUAGCCCUCAUACGAAAAGCUUGGAAAAGGUCAUAUUCGCUCCAACACCGAUAAAAACUGCGACCAAAGAGGAAAGUCGGUAUCUCGAGUGGUUUACGCAUCGAAGCGCCUUCAAACUUCCAGGUAUCUUUCGACUCGAAUUAUGGGACAAGCUUGUCUUUCAGGCUGCCUCGACUGAGCCAGCUGUUCGGCACGCAAUCCUCGCUUUAGGCUCCGCUCACAAGAGAGAAGGCCGUGCCAACAUUUCAGCGCCAGGCAGCGCCCUGGACAAAGAAGAGCAUUUUACACUACAACAUUAUAGCAAGGCGAUCACUCACCUUCAACCACAUUUUUCAGCCAGAGAUAAUUCCUCAAUUCGCGUUGGUCUGCUUACAUGUUUAAUUUUCGUAAUUAUGGAAUUAAUCCGAGGGCAUUGGAAGACAGCUAUCGCACAUCUCCAGAGUGGAUUGAAACUACUAGACGAAUUCCAAGCCCGAUCAAGUGAAGUUGAUGGUUAUAGCCUCUUCUUGGAGCCGUGUCAUGCUUCGGUGGAUUCUUGGAUUAUCCAAGCAUUUAUCAGACUUGACGUCCAGACAAAGCUUAUGGGUCAAAACUCACAUUCCUUGAACAUGAUUCACGAAGAUUGCAAUUCUGAGAUUCCAAUCCAUAACCUAACUUUUCAGUCCGUACAUGAAGCAAGACAGCAUCUAGACCGUUUGCUUGGUCAAAUCCUGUAUUUGAGUCAUGAAUAUCGUUCUCAAGUAGGAUAUCAAGUCAAAAUCAAUCUGCAGCGAUUUCUUAUCAGGCAACGACGUAUCGAGGCUAAACUUGGUUCAUGGUAUCAAGCAUAUAAGAAUUUAAAAGCAGUUCUAGCAGCCGAAAAAAUCAGCACGACUACUAUAGCCUUUACAAUACUGUACUUAUACUAUCUCAUGGCUGGGAUAAUGGUUGAUACAUGUCUCCGGCCAGCAGAUCAGUUAAGAUACGACAUCCACACAACAUCCUUCCUUUUAAUGAUGGAGCAGCUAAAAUUACUUCGAUAUCUCACAUCUUCAGCGCCUUUAGACAAGGAGUUGCACUUACCAAACAUGACUAACACUAUAUCAGACCUCGGCGCAUUUCCAGCGCUCUUUUGCGUGGCCAUUAAAUGUCGCGUGAGCUGGAUCAGACACGACGCUGUUGGCUUCCUGAAAAACUUAGCCCACAACGAAGGGAUUUGGAAUGGUCCGUUGAUAGCAAGCAUCGCGGAUGAAGUAGUCAGAAUCGAGGAGGGUAGCUUUUACGAAGGUUCUAGUGCGGUCGAACAAGCUUCUUUCUACGGCGCCUCCAAUAAACUUGACGUCCUACAACCAACGCUACCCGAGUCACAUAGGAUGCAUGAUGUUAAAAUAGAGCUACCGGAAGAUUAUGCAGGGACGGUUACACUAAAGUGCACGCGGGUAUUAGAGGACCAUAGCCAAGAAGUGAUUACUAGAGAAUUUGUAUACAAUGAAUCAGCUCGCCGUUGGGUAGUCAAGGAUGGAGAUACGUAGAG